GCGCAUGAGCGAUCUUCAAUACCAGCUAGCUAGCUCGGUGUAGCUGGGGGGAUCAAGGCUGUGUGACCUGUGCUGACAGGGAGCUGGGGCUGGGCUUAGGCAUGGAGUCCUGACCUCUUUGAGGUCAGAGCCUGCACUUGGAAAAGCAGUUGCGCUCCAGGCUCCUGUCCUUGGCCUGGGUAAACUGUCAGAAGUUGGGGAGGCCAGAACAUCACUGUGAACCUGUGGAGUGCCAGGCUCCAGAAACCGGCGGGCGAGGGCUGAUUGCACCGUAUUCAGACACGUGAGCAACAGGGGCCCAGGCUGAGAAGGAUGACUCUGGGGGAUGGGGUGUGGGUGUGGCGUUUUGUAAGGCCAAGGCAGCGGAAGAGUCAGGGGAGACCUGUGUGCCUGUCCAUCUUCCAGGGAAUCUGACCUCACUGUCUUGUCACCUUGCAGGAUUCAUAUUUGGGGACCACCUUAACUCCACCUCCUCCCUCAUAGACUCUGUUCCACGCUUAGGUAUAGAGCAGGAAAAUGUCGGAGCCCGUGGCCAUGAACCUACUGGAGGAUUGGUGCAGGGGCAUGGGACUGGACAUCCACAGGUCCCUGUUGGUCACUGGUAUCCCUGAGCACUGUAGCCACGCAGAAAUUGAGGAGACCUUGAAUGGGGUCCUCUUGCCACUGGGCACAUACCGUGUGCUCAACAAAAUUUUUUUGAGGCAAGAGAAUGUGAAGGCUGCUCUAGUUGAGGUUAGCGAGGGUGUGAAUCUGAGCUCUAUACCCCGGGAGUUCCCAGGGAGGGGCGGUGUCUGGAGAGUAGUCUGCAGGGACCCCACCCAGGACGAUGAAUUUUUUAAAAAUCUGAACGAAUUUCUGGAUGCUGAAGGACGCACUUGGGAGGAUGUGGUGCGCCUCUUGCGGCUUAACCCCAACCCACAACUCCCGAAUUCAAAUCAGCCUCCACCGAACUGGGCUGAAGCUUUAGGGUUGCUCCUGGGCACCGUAGUACAGGUCAUCUUCUACAUGGAUGCUGCAGUCCGUCAUCGGGAGGAAGAAGCGAGGGCCCAGGAGGCUGCUGAGGCCGAGUUGAUGGCGACUUGGGCUUCCACUGCGAGGAAAGUAAAGAAGGAACCUGGGCUGGGCUUAGAAGUGGGUUCAGCUUUCAAGAUGGAAGACCAAAACUAUUGGAAGAACACAGAGGACCAUGGUGACCCUCCAAAACCUCUAGUUCGCAGGGCUGGAGGUAAGAUUCGCUCCAGGAGAAGGAAGCAGAAAAAAAAUCCUAAGCAAGAACCAAUAUGCUGGAGAAAACCCCAAGGCAGCAAUUACAACAGCAAUUACAAUAAGGAUAAUUUGGAAGCUGGUGAAGCUAUGCCUGCCCAAAGCUUAGACAUCCCAGAGUCUGUCAAGAGCAACAAAAAACCCUUUGUGAAGCAGGAGACAGUUUGGAAGAAGAAAAGAGUCUGGAGGGAUCCCAACGAUCUUCCUCGGAGUGCACUGCCCACAGCUGACAGCCCCGGGAAUCUAGAGGAUUCAGAUCAAGAUGGUGGACCCGAGAACCCCCCAAAGAAGAAAGCUAUGACAUGGGCCUCUAACAAGAUCCCUGCCCUCGCAAGGAAAAAGAAGAAGAUGAGCUUGGGGGCUCUCUCAUAUGUCCUGGUUGAUUCUGAAGCCACCAAGAACAAAACAGCGAUUCUGAAGAAAGGGCUUGGUUCUAGAAGGACCAUGCCGGUUCCUCAGGGGACCCAACCUGAUGAUGCCUCUGCUUCAACAUCCAGGGCUCAGAAGACCAAGCUGGGAGGCUUUCCUCAUGUCUCCAAAGAUUCCAGGAAGCUAUGAUUUGGGGAUCUCUGUACCCAAAGAGGUGGAAGAGUGUCAAGGAAGAAGGAUCAAGUUGGAAGUGAACUUUUUCUUUGUGGUUCAAUGAAACCUGACUGUGGACUAUUGGGGGCCUGGUGUGUGUGUGUGUGGGUCUGACCCACACAGGCAAAUGUGAGGCCUUAGGUGGGGGAUACGGCUUGGGGGAGACUCCUUCUGUGUCUUUUCCUGAGUUGUAGCUUCAUUUCAUCUCUGCACAUCCUCAGAGGUAGGCAAGGUAAUAAGUAGCUUUGGAGAAUCUUAGAAGGUUCUUUCCCUUUACCCACAAGGGGGCUCAUGGUAUUGGGCACCGGCAUUCAGCCUUUGUUCUUCUCUACCCCCUGUUUUCCUUCUGGAGGCACAGCCUGCCUUCUUGGCCUGCGGUCCAGCAGGGCACGUAGACAUUGUGUCCCUUGCACUGUACGCAUUUGGUAAGUCGGACCUGGCUCUUUGAAGCUUGUUGUGUGCUGUGUUCUUCAGUUCACCCUCCAGCAGCCUAAAUGGAAAUUGAGGUCCCAAGAGUUAGUUCUGGAAAAAACAAACAUCUGCAUGCCCUUGAAUCCUCCAGUUUUCAUUGUCUUUAAAGAAAACUAGGGGCAGGGAAGAUGGUUCAGUGCAUAAUAGGGCUUGCAAUGCAAGCAUAAGGACCUGAGUUCUAAUCCCCAGGACUCAUGUAAACAUCUGACUGUGCCUGUAACACCAGCAUCAAUGUGGUGCAGGCAAGUAGACCCCCAAGAGCUUGCUGGCCAGCCAGCCUAUCUGAAAUAGUGAGCUUCUGGACUGGGGAAUCCCCUAGUGAGGGCAGGGGGUGUGGCUCAGUGGUAGAGCCCCUGUCCUGAAUUCCCCAAUAAGGGGCUGCAUGCAUGGCUCAGUGGUAGGGCCUCUGCCUAGAAUCCCCCACUGAGGGGCUGGGGGUGUGGCUCAGUGGUAGAGCCCCUGCCUAGCAUAUGCAAGGCCUUGGGUUUCAUCUUCAGAACCAAUAAAAAACAGUGGAAUAAAAAUGGCACUUUAGUUCCCAAAUGAGGCGAUACUCUCUCUAGAAGCCUGUGGGGAAAGAAGAGGCUGGCAGAGAGAAUUCAGUUUUUAGCUCUAAUUCUGAUGACCUCUACAAGAUCCUCUGUCUUUGAGGCUUAAAUCAGCUGCUCACAUUAUAGCCAGAAGAAGAAAAAUCUGUCUCUUUUUAAAAGUUACUUAAAAAUGAGCUGAUUUCUGCCCUCUGAAUUUAGUACCACUAAAUCUGUCCUUGCUGCCAUGUCUCAUUCUAUGUGCCUGUGAGAGAGGAUGGUGUCUCCCCCAUCUGUGGUUUCUAAGCUACAUUCUGAGGACUCUUUUUUCAUGUUUAAAAGCACGAAAGAGAGGCUUCAGAGAUGGCUGAGUGGGAAAGGGGGUUUGCCACCAAGCCUGAGUCCCUGGGUUCAAUCCCCAGCACCCACUUCAUGGAAAGAAAGAGGUAACUCCUGAAAGUUUCUCUCUGAUCCCACAUUUAUUCCAUGUCACAAACAUACCCCCACAUAAAUAAAUAUAACUAAAAAUUAUGUAAAGAAGCAAGGGUGUUGGUGUGUGGCUGUAAUCCCAGCAAUGGGAGCCUGAGGCAGGAGAAUUGCUCUGAACUCAAGGCCAGCUUGGGCUACAGAGUAAGAUCCUGUCUCAAAAUAAAUAAGUAAAUUAAAAAAAAUUUUUUUUAAGUGUAGAAAAACAAGAACUCAACUGUGUUGUAAUCCAAAAUACCGCUGUAUUCCCUUGUGUGUAUAGGAUAACUGUAACUAGUCAUUGCACUGUGCUUUGUGUACAAUUGUGUUUUCCUGUGUGUAUGUGUGUGUUCUUCUGUGCAUAUGUGCAUGUGUGUAUAUGUGUGUGUUCAUCUGUGCAUAUGUGCAUGUGUGUGUAUGUGUGUUUAUCUGUGCAUAUGUGCAUGUGUGUGUAUGUGUGUUCAUCUGUGCAUAUGUGCAUGUGUGUGUAUGUGUGUUCAUAUGUGCAUGUGUGUGUAUGUGUGUGUUCAUCUGUGCAUAUGUGCAUGUGUGUGUAUGUGGAGGCAGAGGAUUGAUUACCUUGAGUAUCACUGCUUGGCCGGCCUUUUUAUGAGACAGGAGUCUCUCACUAGCUUGAAACUGGCUAGUAGGCUAGGCUGGGCAGGGACCCGCAGGGCUCUCCUGUCUGCCUCCCCAACACUGUGGCUACAAGCCUGAGCUACCAUGUUCUUUUCACCCAGGUUUUGGGGGAUCAAACUCAAAUCCCCAUUCUUGCAACAUGCUUUCCUAACUGGGCUGUCUUUGCCACCCCCUAAUUAAAUUUCUUGUAAAUGUGGAUUUUGAGGAGAAAGGUCAGAAGGAGGUGGAAGGGAUCCCUGCAUGUCCUGUAACAAAACCUAAGUGAGCGUGCAUCUGUGUGUCUGAUCUCCUGUUCAGCUGUGACUGACUCAGGGUCAAUUGCUAAUCUGGGCUAACUUGGUAUACCAUGAGGUUUCUGGCCUAGAUUUCCAGCCCUUGCAAGAUUUCAUGACCAAACCCCCUCCCCCUUCAGUUUUCUUGAUCCAAGAACUCUGUCAGUGAGUCAACCAGCAGAGACUCAAGCAGCAGACAUGUUUCCUGUGGUAAUCCUGGAGACUCAGUUAUAUCCUUGUUGAAGCUUCACUGGAUGUACAUGUGUGAGUGUAAAAUAAAGCCGUGUAAGGG